AGUAUUUCAGAGUAGCACAGUGCAACGUUCAAGGUUGGUUUUGCACAGUUUUGUUGCAAAAAUGAGAUCGUUAGAUACCAUGGUGUUUGUACAGGAUUUUGACUCACCCUACAGCUUAAAAAAAAAACAACAACAACGUAAAAUACUGAGGUGUUUCACGUUCACGUACCUGAUGUACAAACGCUUUCGUUCGUUCGUCACUGUUUAUGACAUUGCAUUGUCGUGACUUAACUCUGCGUACCCAGAAUAUCCACAUACAUGUUUUUAUGAUAUUUAAUUAACCAAGUAGACCCCGAGUCAAGGUGAAGUACAGCAAUCUGAUCAUGGUCAUCUGUGCAGCGAUGCGUCAUUUGCUGAGGGGGAGCCAUGUGUGUGGCAGCUGGGCCAGUAUAUUCUCAAGGAUGUGGCAGAGACAGGUGAGUGGCAGAGUUUACACUGAGCUGGACUUUGACCAAGAGGAAAUUAAGGCCAAGCUGCUGGGCUUUCCUGGAGGCGCCAUUGAGCUUUCCAAACAGGAGUCUGGCAUCGCUGUCCUUACGAUCAACAACCCUUCCCGCAUGAACGCCUUCUCCGGCAGCAUGAUGGUGCAGCUGGAGGAAAAGGUGAGUCAACUGGAGCAGUGGUCAGAUGGAAAAGGACUCAUACUUCAGGGUGCUGCGGGAACUUUCUGUUCUGGAUCAGACCUUAAUGCUGUCCAAGCCAUAUCAAAACCUCAAGAUGGCAUUAAGAUGUGUAUGUUUAUGCAGAAUGCUCUUACAAGACUACUCAGGCUGCCUAUGAUCUCUGUUGCUCUCGUGGAGGGGAGAGCGGUAGGUGGAGGCGCAGAACUUACUACUGCCUGUGAUUUCAGAUUAAUGGCACCUGGCAGUGUGGUCCAGUUUGUACACAAACACCUGGGUGUGGUCCCAGGCUGGGGCGGAGCUGCUCGACUGGUCCAUCUUGUUGGAAGCCAAAAUUCCCUGAAGUUGCUCAGUGGUGCUUCAAAAGUGGACCCUGAAUUUGGCAUCCAGAUACGGCUGGCAGAUGGAGUUCUUAAAGACCCUCAGGUUGAGGAAGGUGUGGGGACUGUCCUACAACAGGCUGAAAAGUGGCUCAGUCACUACACUACAGGGCCACCGUCAGUGAUCCAGGCCAUUAAAAAAGUAGCGUUGUCAGGGAGAGAGCUCUCUCUAGUGGAGGCUCUGAGGACUGAGAAGCAGGUGUUUGGGACUGUUUGGGGGGGUCCAGCCAACCUACAGGCAUUAACCAGCAAGUCUAAAUACAAAUGAGCAUGUCAUACUGACCAAAUUUAAGACUUGCAUAAUUGCAUUUAACCCAACUGUGGAAACUGUGCAGGUCAAACUUGGAAUAAAACCUUGCCGCUGUGCAUUUUAGCAACUGUGAUGACCUUAAUCUACAGAGUAUGUCAUGGAUAAAAUUAUUAUUACCAUUUUGAAUUACACCACUUGUUCAUUUUGCAAUUUCAUGACUAUAGUUUUAAGAAAUUGGAUCUUCCAGUCUUGGGAUCGUGUGUCAUUUGAUAGCUGAUGUGAUACUGUAACGAGCUUGCUUCAUUGAUACUGUUUAGUAGGGUGUCCUCUUCAUGAAGGACAUUGAAACACUAUUAUUUAACAUCUUUAUUACGGUUUUAUUUUAUUUUUUUGUCUCUACUUACCCUUGACCUUAUGGUUAUUAUUAUAUUUGUAUUAUUAUUAAAGACAGACCACAAUCAAGCAGUCAGAUUAAUGUAAAAUGCCAUGUGUUUUUGUAACCCCAUUUUAUAUUCCAAA